AUGACCACCAACACAACCCUUUGCAAUGCAUCACUGCUCCCCCUACCCACCGUCCCCAACGCAACCAUCCUAUCCCUCACAUCCAACCUCGUACAAAACUACACUGCCUCCUCCCCACCCUUCACAAACCCCAACCAUGGGCCCAUAGCCCCAGUCCAAGUCUCAUUCUGCAACAUCACGAUCCACCACGCCCACACAUCCCACCCCACCGAAUCAAUCGAAACCCAAAUCUGGCUCCCAACCUCAUGGAACGGCCGAAUCCAAGCCGUCGGAGGCGGCGGCUACAUCGCCGGACUAUUCGACUACAUGUUCAUCGCCAUGGACGCCGCUCUCGCAGAAGGUUACGCAGCAUACAGCACAAACGCCGGCAUCUACAGCACCGACAUCAACGGCGGCGACGCCCACAAAUGGUUCCUCCCUCCCCCCUCCCCCCCCUCCUCAUCCGGACCAAACUACCACGCCCUCGAGGACUUCGCGUACCGCAGCCUCGGCGACAUGACGACCCUGGGCGCGCAAAUAGUCCGCAGCUACUAUGGCCGCAACGCAGCGUACGCCUACUUCAGCGGGUGCAGCAACGGCGGCAGACAGGCGAUCCAGCUCGCGACGCGGUGGCCGGACGCAUACGACGGGAUCGCCGCGUGUGCGCCUGGUCUCUUCUGGGACGAGCAGGUUGAGUAUCUCUGGGGUCACGCGCUCAUGGUUGAGAGCGGCGCCGCGCCGUUUCCCUGCGAGUUAGACGCGUUGACGAAGCUCGCCAUCGAAGCUUGCGACAUGCUCGACGGUGUCCAGGACGGCGUCCUGCAGGAUCCCGGGUCCUGUACGUUCGACCCGUGGAAUGUCCUCGGGCACAUCGUCAACUGCAGCGAUGCGAGCGGCAACCACACCACCACGAUCAGCGAAACCGCAGUCCGCAUCGCAGACGGCGUGUGGAACGACAACCACCGCCCAUCGGGACUCACCUACCGCCAACACUCCGCAGGCUACGAAUCCAGCCUUCAAUUCGCAGGUCACACCUCCUGCACCAACGGCACGUGUUUCCCCGACCCUAACCCCCUAACGCUGAACUGGCUUCGCACGUUCGUCAUAAAGGAUCCAAAGUGGUCGCCCGCGAACCUCACGAUGCGGGAACUCGAGGUGCUUCGUAAGCAGAGCGUGGAUGAGUUCGCGGGGAUUAUAGGGAAUAAGUACGACUUGUCUGCCUUUGCGAAGAGGGGAGGGAAGAUGAUAACGUAUCAGGGGACUGCCGAUCCAGCAGUCCCCUAUAAAAACAGCAUUCUGUUCUACACCCGGGCGUCCGCUCUCUCCCCGCCGGAUGUCCCUAUUGAAAACUACUACCGCCUCUUCCUCGCUCCGGGACUGGGUCAUGGGGUUGGGGGAAAAGGUGCGUAUCCGCACGAGACGUUCCAUGCGCUGGUGGACUGGGUGGAGAAUGGGAAAGCGCCGGAGAGGUUGGAGGCGAGUAGUAUGGCUGAUGAAGAGGGGAAGGUGCUGGAGAGGGUGCUGUGUGCCUGGCCGUCGAGGAGUGUUUUUAAGGAUGGGAGUUGGGGGUGUGAGGGUGGUGAGAUGGAGUUAUAGAAGUUAAGGUCAAUACAUUGAUAUUUUGUUCUACGAC